GAAAGCUUGUUGUUUCAGACAGUGCUGUCAAUAUGUGUUCUUAUAAUGUGUGAAUGUCUCUUUCAGCUCUGCGAUUGAAAGGAAGCGGAGGGCUAAGUCCACCUGGCUUAGUUUUCUUGACCUGUUUCCGGUGACUGUUCAUGCCACGACACCCACACCUGAGGAAAUUGUCGGCGGUGGAUUUGAUCGCGAAUGCCUUCGUUACUUUCGCAACAAAUGGAGGACAGUCCAGCGUGAACAGCGCAUCCAAUAUAUCUUGGACAAGUUCAAGUUCAGGAACCGCCCCACAGAGGCCAGGGUACGCAAUCUGCUCCUUGCUGAGAACUGGUCUGCCAACUCUCCAAGCGCCAUGGAUGUGGUCACGUCUUGGGUCCCUGUAAAGGACCACAUCAAGAGUCCGGACAUCAUCCGGCGCAUUCAGGAACAGUCUUGGAAAGGACUUUGCCUGAAAGACUUUGGGCCACCAAAGAACAAAGGGGUGAUUGCGACGAUGCCCUUUUCCAAGGGAGAGGUGGUGUGCGACUACCAUGGAGAGUACGUCACCCAGGAAGAAGGGAAUCGGCGAAUGGAACAGCUGUUCGACGAAGCCUGUUACGUCUUCUUCUUUGCGGGAUGUGGGGAAAAGGUCUGCAUAGACGCCCAACAUUCUCCAUGCCAGUGUCACCCACACCAGGACACGUUUGGUCGUCGGAUGAACCAUUCAAGGAGAAGUCCAAAUGUGAAGCCACACGUUUUCAAACUUCCACUCCCAGAGGGAACAAGAUGGCAUCCCAUUUUCCUCACGCUUAAGGACAUCCAAGUCAACGAGGAACUUCUUUGGGACUACGGUGUCCUCUGCGACGAGGGAUUUGGAGGCGAAGCUGCUGCACUGGACUGGUUGGCUAGUUGAAGUCCUGGACAACAACCUACCCCUCUGCCAUCUCAUACGAACUCACUGCACGCGGCACUUUACUUCACCCUGCACCACAACUCAUUCUGUACCUGUACUGUUACACUGUCGCCUACUAGACUUCACACACACACACACACACACACACUGGGCUUUGGGCUUUAUUUAAUUUGGUCAAAUCUCUUAAAAUGACAAACAGACAUUCAAGUGGGCUGAUGUGGGUGAAAUCUGUGGACUGACCAUUGGGGGCGCACGGGCCAGAUGUUUCUUGCUUGCGGGCCGCCUAUUGCCGACCUAUGACCUAAUACCUAUUAGAAUAUAAUUAAACUUAUUUUACACUGUA